GGGCGGGGCCAGCCAGUUACGUCCAAUAUGCGCACAUAUCCAAUAAUUCUCUCGCGUGUUACCAUUCACUAGCAGCCAUUAUCAACUCCAACUGUGCAUAGCUUGUGUCUUUCUGCCAUGGAUGCCAUAAACGUAUCCUGACUUGGGUCUGGGCUACCCUCGUGUCUCCUCGUCCUCUGGCUGAGGCCUGUAGGUGACCCUAUUGAAUUUUGGUUUGUUGGUAAACGAGGGUUUCCAACAUAACGAAUGAGGGCGGGUGAUUUGAUUGUAUGGGCCGGCAUUUUUCUGCACUGCUGUUGAGUAACGAGCGCGGAUAACCUGUUGUUGUGUUUUUCUUUGUAUGUGGCGACAUUGGGAGAUACGAUCUGUUUUAUUUUUUUAUUUUAUACAUUACAUUACAUUAGGUGCACCGGUUUUGUCGUUGGACAAAAACUGAAAACCCUUGUUAAGGGUUAGCACUCUUCUCUCUGUUCUGCAUUACAUCCAUCACCCCCGAUUCACACAUCCCAAACGUCCAGCAUGACCCAACUCGAGUCCUCUGCUCUCACACUCCCCUUUCCUGACGACCGACUCGGGAUCCUUGGUCCAACACUCAAAGCCUCACUCUGCCGCGACGAGUUCCACCGUUCGAUCCGUCGGACGUCUUCCGCCGGCGAUAUUCCACGAACGUGGAAAACGCUAUUAGGAUCAGGUGCAGCGUUAGAUGGAUAUGUGCGGAGAGGAAGUGCUGCGUCAACUGGAACGAGCGCAUCCAGUGGGGGUUAUGAGGUGAAAUGUGGGGAAGAAGCGAAUCCCGCUUCUUGGCAUACCCAGCAACAACGGGAGGAUGGACAAGUACCAGAACAGCUCCAAAGAGCAUCGUAUCUUCCAGAUGCUAUGGGCGGUGUGCUGGGAUUGGGUGUUAUGAGGAUACAUGAUCAUCUGGUUCGGGGCGAAGGAACGACGCAGUCUUUGCCUAGGAAUGGAUGGAAAGGGAUUCCAACUAUUGUUGGUCUCGAUUCGGCUGCUACUUUAGGGCAGGAUGUCUCAUCACCAUUAUUAACAUCCACAUCGCCAUCUACCACGAUCACGACACAACCGAUAGGACUCAAAUCUCCCAUCGCUCUCCCAGCAUCCAAGCAAAAGAAGCCCCUUCGUCCAGCUCUCCGCCGGCCAUCCUCGCCUAUUAUCAACCAGGUUAAUCCUGAGCAACCACCUAUCGCAUCCACCCCAUGGACCAAAAGUGAACCUGCUCUCGCCAAACGUCCUCCAGAGCUGUCGUCUGACAGUGACCCCCAGUCCUCGGAAACCAGCACCAAAAGCGAGCCGGCACUCCACCGCAACGAUGCGCUGCCAUUAGAUAGUGAGGCAGGGCCGAGUUCCACCACCCUCUACAUUCCCUCUCGAAAAGGUAGCGCACCUACCACCAUGCGCAAGCGGUCAAACAGCUUUGACGAAAAGGGAAAAGGACGACCAAAAUCUGCCAAUGGUCCACGGAAAGGAAGCGACGGCGCAAUCGAUGUUGAGCCGCGUGUCUCGUUUAGUGAACAGACGGAGCAUAUCGCUCAAGGAAGAAGGGGGAGUGGGUCAAGUUUUUCGGAAGGACAUCGAAAGGCAUUUUCGGCUUUCAUGGGGCAAACGCGCAAACCCAGUGGAGGACCAAAUGGUCCUGACUACAUCUCAGAUGACGAUGAACGAGGCAUGCGCAUUUUUCUGGAACAAUGUCAGAAACGGCGGACAGUGGGUGGUGCCAGGUCUUCAGGGGGAGCAUCGAAUUCCGAUGAAGAAUCCGGCUCCCGGAUGAGCCCACCGCCAAGAAAAGGGAGUAGUGGAAAAGAGAAAAAGCAGACAGCAUCACCCACACAACCCCAACAGCAGCAGCAGCAGCAACAGCAAGCAGAAGAAGACUUUCAAUCCUCCCUGGGCCGCAAACGAGCUCGAUCGACAGGAGCCGACAAAACCUAUACGACCACGACCACAACCCAUAUCUCCAACAUGAGCAUUUUUAAACCUCUUCCUGGGGACAUCAUUAACUCCGACGCCCUCCCUGUCACCGUGGUUGCCGAACACCCUGCAGUCUUUUACCACCACCACCCUACAGAUGAAGACGACCCCCAUGACUACGGGAAUGAAGCGGAUGUUGCUGAUGACGACGCAGAUGAGGCAUCCAUUCCAAACAAUCCCCGCAAAUCCAGUGGCUCGAUACGAAAUAGGAAACUGAUCCUCCAACCGCAAUAUCCUCCUGAUGAGACACUUAGCAUCGGGACACUAUCACAAUCAAUUUGGAGACCGGGGAGACAUCAUCGGCUGGACGCUGGGAGUCAUGCGGCCGAGGGAGCAGGGGGUGGACGGCGGAGAUCGGAUGUUUAUGCGCCGUCGAUACGGUCGCCGUGGCUAAAGGCGGUUCGACUUCCUCCGAGGUGGUUGUCACUAAGAAAUGCGAUGGCUUUAACCAAUGUCAUUAUUAUUGUAUUCGCGAUUAUUGUGAUUGCGGUUGUGAGCUAUGUUUCCGGAAAAGAUAAUGCGCGGGUCGCCCUCGAGGCCCUCGGCACCGUCGCCCUCAAGUCCAUCGCCCUCUCCAUAGGUUCGGCUCUGGGCCGCGCAGAAGAAUCCAACGCCGUUACGGUCUCUGCUGUCGAGACUUGGUCACUCCGCCCCGACACCCAAGUCUGUGCUGGAUACUACUGGUCUCGGGUGAAACGAGCAACGAGGUGGAAUGGGGACCAGAUCUAUGUUGUGGAUUUGAAAGGGUCUUUUUGUGGGGUGUUUGUCAAUUCUUACCCGGGGUUCGAAGAUUUUACAAUUCCGGAUCCAAAGGCAGUAGGUGGACAGGGGAAGUAUACGUUGAGAUUAGCAAACGGGACAGCACCCGCCCCAAGAUACUCGUACAGCUUGAACAGCACCGCCGCGAUUGCAUGCCCCAAUUACGAGGACCCGGCAUGCGUUGCCAAUCUAUUGGCAUCACCCACAGACGGAACAAUUGAUUUCUACGAUGCAACACAGCGACCAUACUACCGUCGUGCACUAUCCAGUCCUUUCGAAAGUUGGACCGGAGUGUAUAAUCUCGGAUCUGGGGAUGGAUAUGGCUUCACCAAUGUUAUGCCGGUACAUCAGUCCCCGUUUGAUACGAAUUCACUGGUCGCGAUUGCGGCAGUGGAUAUACGCUUACGGUCCCUCUCGCAGUUUUUAAAGCAAUCACUAAGUGCCUUGUUGAGGGAUUUGGACCCGAGUCGGCCAGAUGUACUUUUUAACGAUGAUACCAGUGUUGCAGGGGCUAUUCAAUUUGUGAUUGCUGAUGUACAGACAGGGAUUAUCCUUGCGUCGACGUGUCCUGGAAAUCGAGAUGUUCCGUUGGCGACGACGCCUGGUGCGAUGUUGCCACCACCUCCCGAUGACCCUCCACCAUUGUUUGCUUCGAUGGAUGGCGAUCCGUGUUUGGGGGAUUUACCGUCUACAGUAGGCUCUUUGAGAAAUUUGCCUACAACACCCGUCCUUAGCGAUGAGAAUAUUCCCAUCCUCUCUGCCCCCUUGCAAGUGUGGUCAGACAGUGCGUUGGUCAUUGCAUCCCUGUAUCAGCCUCGGGCGGGAUUACAGUGGGCCAUUAUAGGGCGGGUUCCUGGGCAAUACUUUCAUCUCCGUCUAGGACAGAUUUACACUCUCACGAUCCCCUUGACAGCGGCGCUUGUCCUUGUUGCCUCGGCGUUGGCGAGUUUUCUCGUCACGAGGGCCAUUGGGCGGCCUUUGAAACGAGCAGCGGAGAAAAUGAUGCGAAUUGCAGAUUUGAAUUUUGACGAGGAUGCACCGUCGUUUUCGGAUGACGACACGGAUGGUGGAAGCGACUACGAGGACCCCCCUAGACGGCGCUGGAGUCUAGCGAGUCUCCGAUUUGGAUGGUCCUUCCCGGGGCGGAGAAAUAGUAACGAUUCGCAAGAUUCAACAGACCGAGGUCGAUCCUCUACGGUUCGUCGGUCGUUUUUCUUACCACCGCGUUCCCGCUCCACAUCCCGAUCCGCCCGACGACGCCGUCGAAGUUCGGCAGCAUCCGCACGAAGCAAACAAGUCCCGUUUGUGCUAAAAGAAAUCCAAUUGCUCAAUACGGCCAUGGACGCCAUGACCUCUGGGUUAAAAAGCUUUAGCAAAUAUGUUCCACUGGAUGUUGUCGCCCUGUUGGUGAAAAUGAAGCGAGAGGCGGUGUUGGGUGUCGAUGAAAUGAGUUUGAGCAUUUUCUUCUCGGAUAUUGCCAAUUUUACAACGAUUGCUGAGAGUAUGAGUCCACAGCAGUUGGUCCUUGUGAUGAGUGAGUACCUGAGCGAAAUGUCGAGCAUCAUUCUCGAAAGUCAAGGGAUCGUUGACAAGUUCAUUGGCGACGCUGUCAUGGCGUUCUGGAAUGCUCCCUUGUAUUUAGAGGAGCACGCCAUUGUUGCAUGCGAUGCUGCACUCAAAUCACAGGAGCGGUUAAAGGAGCUUCGAGAUGACUGGUUGGUAAAAGGCUACCCGGAGAUCCGUGCCCGCAUCGGACUCAACACUGGCCCCGCUCUGGUCGGUAACCUCGGAUCCCCUACUCGUCUCAACUACACUUGCCUAGGCGACACCGUCAACCUCGCCUCCCGCCUUGAAGGUCUUAACAAACGCUACAACACAUCCAUCAUUGUGUCGGACGCCGUGCGCGAUCAGGUUCACGAGUAUUUUGUACUUCGCCCUCUCGAUUAUGUAGCAGUUAAAGGCAAGACAGUUGCUAAAAAGUGUUAUGAGCUCGUCGAUUCUCUGGAUGCGUGUGAUCCCGCCGUCCUUCGACGCAUGAUGCUGUACGAAAAAGCAUUCGAUUAUUACUGUCAAGGGGAAUUCGAACAGGCAAAAGUCCUCUUUGAGACGUACUUGGUGGAUGUGCCGUGGGAUGUUCCGGCGAUUAUGCAUCUGGAGGAGUGUAUGAGGUUGGAAGAGGAGGGUGUGCCAAUGAAUUGGAGUCCGGUGGUGGUUUUGGAUGAAAAAUGAUUAUUUUAUGUUGUUUUGGUCGGGUCCUUUGCUGGGUUUGGUGAGUAGGUUGUGGUGUGCUAGUGGGCUUGUGUCAUGGCGGAUAAUGGACCACGCUGGGACCUUCUGUACAUAAUUUUCUUUUUUGUAAAGCAUAAGAAGAAAUCUCACUUGUAU